AGUAUUAUAACCUGGAGAGGUGAUGAUGGGUAAUUACCAGAGAGUGAACUAAUCCCUUAUAUCGCGCUGCGCUUGCCCUCGUGCCCCAGUUGCGAUCCUUUGUCCUGCAUGCGAGUUCUACUCUGAUUUGAUCAAGCAACUGCGAGCGAACGUCCUCUCGUCAACAGACAAUCUCUAACGUAAGCUCAAUCUCGUAUCGCCUACACAAUCAUGUCAAAACAAACGACUAGAAAAUCAACCAAACUUAAAGAUUCACCACGGUCUACGCUGUUUGACCAACUGCAUCAAUUCGAAGGUAUUGAGGUAGACGAAGGGGAGCAGUUUCCCUCUCUACCACGACCGUCAGCGACAGCGAACACAGCAAGCUCAUCCGUAGCGCAGGAGCUACAACUUGUCCAGCUACAGAAGGAGAAACUUCUGUUAGAAUUAGAGGUUUUACGCCUCAAGCAACAAAGCGCCACACCCCCCGGAACGCAAGCGGAGUUGGAGGGCACAAAAUCAAUACAGGAAUUGAAGAAAAGAGUAAUCGAUUGGCCUCAAAACUUCGUUCCAGGUAUGUCUGCGAGCCCUGAAUUUCAUAACUUAGAUUUGCCUAGUUUUGUAUCUGGAUUCCUUGCUAUGAUAAGGCCUUACGACACCGAGACCAAGGAAUGCAUGAUCGAUAUACUUGAACUCAUAUCGACCAAAGCUAUCAGCUACUCCUGGAGUAGUGUUCGUGGUUUUUAUUCAUAUCUUGCGAGACAAGUUGAACAGAGACGGCUAGACUGGUCUCAAUUCAACGAAAUAAGGAAUGCUAGUACAACCUUCUUUAAACACUCCGACCUAAAAUCAUCGACACCAAAGGGCAAUACUCCACGUCAGUCUACAUCGGGAAACGGAGAAAAAUCGACCGAAAAGGGCUGCCAAACAUGGAAUUAUAAAGGAAUGUGUUCUUGCGACAAGGCCUCGGAUAACUUUGCAAAUACACACGUAUGCCGCGUGUGUAAGGCGUCUGAUCAUCCGAUGUUAAAUUGCCCGAAACGCAAAAUGCCAAUACCGGACAGCCAAUGACAUCAAAAUUCAUGCACCUUAAUUCAUCAGUUAACGGACAAUGGACGGAACUCAAAAUCGGACAAUGAUAAAAUGGACAUGAUCACACAACAUCCGCCUGCACAACAUGCUACAAGAGCGGUUAUUACACAUUUACUCGCGUCAAAAGACAAACGACCCAAUGCAUUCGGAGCGAAAAUUCCAGUUACAUCAAAUCUAAAUAUUUCUAAAUGGAGGUCAUAUCUAYUUGAUUAUGCYGACCAUGACGUUGUGGAAUUUCUUCAAUAUGGUUGGCCAAUUAAUUAUAUGUUGGAUGUUGACCCUCAGUUGUCAUCUGUUAAUCAUCGAUCAGCGGACAUAUAUCCCGAUCACGUACAACAUUAUAUUGACACUGAAUUAAGCUUCUGUGCCAUAGCUGGUCCAUUCUCUUCAAAUCCCCUACACCAAAUCUUGACAACAUCACCUUUACAAACYGUUCCGAAGCGUGGUUCAGAUAAACGGAGAGUGGUAAUGGAUUUAAGUUUCCCGCAUGGCCAGUCAGUAAACGACGGAAUACCCGGUGAUAGCUAUUUGGACUCACAUUUCAAAUUGCACUUGCCAGGUAUCGAGCGGCUUCGUGAGUUUAUAAUUACAAAAGGUCAAGGUUGUUUAAUAUACAAGAAGGACUUAAGAAGGGCUUAUCGACAGUUUCCGGUCGAUCCUAAAGACUAUAAAUAUCUCGGAUUCAACUGGCAAG